AGUAAACGGAACUGCUGCACUGAACAAUAACUGCGACUGGAUUGUAUAAAAACAAACGUUCACCAAGCUGUUUUUUGUUUGUUGUUUUUCUAUUCUAACUUUUCUAUACUAUUCGUCAACAAUCAGAAUAUCUACAUUUUUUUGUUUGUUGUCAUCGUCGACUUAGAUGUAGUUGCUGUCUCCGCCUUGAUUUUGUGACUUUAUAUCAAUGUAGUGUUAUCGGACGGACCGAUAUUUUUUGUUCAGGUGGUCGACCACUACUCCCUUUUCGGUUGUUUACUUUCUGGUUGACUUCACAUCACCCGCUGUGUAUGAGUAACUUUGUCUUUACUAAUUCUAUGUGACAUUUUGACGCUAUUCUAGCUACUACUAUGGCCGAGGCAGCCCAACAACCACAACAGGUUGAGAUCGACCCGGAUUUCGAGCCUCUUUCCCGGCCCCGCUCCUGCACAUGGCCCCUGCCACGUCCGGAGUUCAUCACCCCGGGCGACUCCAACACCUCCUCUCCCGCCCCUUCUGUCAAACAAGAACCCAGCAGCAACUCCGACUUCAUCUCCAGCCUCAGUUUAUUAGAAGAGACUGAAGAUUACCCCGAAGAGGAUCAGAAACCCACCAUCCUCUGCAAUGAUUUCCAAUGUCAGGAAAACUGCAUCCACGACCACCAACAGCAUCAACAGCAGCACCCGGGGAACAGCCCCCAACUCCCGCAGCAACAGGUGCUUCUGCUCUCCUCUCCGGCCGGGUCUGCAUCUUCAGUAGCGGCUGCGGCCGCUGCAGCUGCCCAGAGGAAAAGCAGUUCAUCUCGGCGUAACGCCUGGGGCAAUAUGUCUUAUGCAGACCUCAUAACUAAGGCUAUUGAGAGCACCUCGGACAAGAGACUUACCUUGUCGCAGAUCUAUGACUGGAUGGUGAAGAACGUGCCUUAUUUCAAGGACAAGGGAGAUAGCAACAGCUCUGCUGGAUGGAAGAAUUCUAUCCGGCACAACCUGUCCCUCCACAGUCGGUUCGUCCGUGUGCAGAACGAGGGGACAGGGAAGAGUUCCUGGUGGAUGCUAAACCCCGAGGGAGGGAAGACUGGAAAGUCCCCUCGACGUAGAGCAGCCUCCAUGGACAACAACAACAGCAAGUUCGCCAAGAGCAGAGGACGGGCUGCUAAGAAGAAGUUGUCUCUCCAGGGUGGACCUGACGGGGGAGCAGACUCUCGGGGAGCCACCUACUCCAAGUGGCCCGGCAGCCCCAACUCCCACAGCAACGAUGACUUUGAUGCAUGGAGCGGUUUCCGGCCGCGCACCUCCUCCAACGCCAGCACGCUCAGCGGACGCCUCUCGCCCUUCACGCCCGAGGACGACCGGGACGGGGACGUGCACAUGGGCUACCCGGGAUCCUCCGGGGCCAAGAUGGCGAACACAUUGCCCAGCCUGUCAGAGAUGGCGAGUUCUCUAGGCCACCACCACCACAGCUCAGAGAACGUUAUGGAGAACCUUCUGGAUGACCUGAACCUCCUCUCUCCCAAGAACACCCAGGUGGGAGGAGGAGGGGGUGUGGGGCAGGGGUCAUCCCAGAACUCCCCUUCCCCCCUAAUGCAGGCCAGCCCCGGGUCAGGGGUGAGCUACCCUUCCUACUCCUCUCCCUCCAUGGUCCCCCAGCAACAACCCCAGCAGCAGCAGGACUACCGCAAGUGUCGGUACAGCCAGGCAAGGAUGAAUGCUCUCUCCCCCAUGUCCCCCAACCCCAUGCAAACCCUGGGGGACAUCAAGUCCAGCUUCAGCCCCUCGUCUCUGGGUCAAUAUAACUGUCCUGCUGGCCUCCUCAAGGAGCUCCUGACCUCAGACUCUGACCCCCGCGGGGACAUGAUGCCCUCGGUCGACACGGUGGUCUCUCAGUCUAGCGCAGGACGAAGCAGCGCACUACCUUCGUAUAAUGCCUCUCAGCACGGAGGAGGAGGAGGAGGAAGAGGGGGGAGUCUACACCCACACUCUCACCCUCACCCCCACGCCCUCCCUCACCCCCAAACUCACCCUCACCUCCACAACCAAACCCCACCCACUUCUGUCUCGUCCAUGAACAGCUGCAACCUGAUGUCUCUGAGCAGUUUGAGCCACAGCGGUGGAGGGGGUAACGGAACCCGCCUGGGGGUUAAGAACCCCAUGCAGGUGCCCUACGGUCUCUCUACCCAUGUUGGACCAGGGGGGAUGCCCGGUGGGUUCUGCCCCAUCAACACUAACGGAUAUGGGCGUCCCGGCCUGGGUCUACCCGCCCCCCACCACCACCACCACCACCUGGAGAAACUGCCCAGCGAUCUGGACGACAUGUCCAUUGAGAGGUUCGAGUGUGAUAUGGAAUCCAUCCUCCACGACACCCUGAUGGACGGAGACCCGUUGGACUUCAACUUUGAACCCAUGGUGACCUCGCAAGGGUUCACGACCCAUGGGGUCAAGACGACCACGCAUGGCUGGGUGUCGGGGUAGAGGAUGGAUGGACAUGCAACCUCUCUUACACACACACACGAUGGAAGGACACGUGGACUGACGGACACACACACACACACACUCUCUCUAACACACACACACUCUAACACACACACACAUUCUCUCUAACACACACACACACUCUCUCUAACACACAAACACACUCUCUCUACACACACACACACACACUCUCUCUAACACACACACACACUCUCUCUACCACACAAACACACAACUGCUGGGUGUCUGGGUAGAGAACAGACAAACGAUCGCACACACACACACACACACACACACACACACAGAGGAUCCUCUCUGACCAUCUUUCCUUCCAUCUGGUCCACCAGCUGACUUCCUCUUCAUGUUGCUUUUUAUUACAGGGUCAUAAACACUUAAAGCAUCUCAGAAUCACCAUGGAAACUAACUGGCAGAGCAAACCCCCCCCUCACCCUCCGUCCUACUAACGGUGCCCUAGUCAGUGACAUGCAUCAUCUUCAUCACCAUCAUAAUUGUCAUCAUUAUCAUCGCCGUCGUCCUCAUCAUCGUCAUCACAGAUAUUAUGGUCACAAAAGACUUCUCUCUGGUCGAAGCAGUCAGACAGUCAGUCAGACACAGACAGACAUACAGUCAGACAGUCAGACAGACAGACAGACAGACAGACAGUCAGACAGACAGGACUGUGACUCACCAACCAUCCUCUACCAAUAAGAACCUUUUAGUUCAUGUAAAGAAGCAGACAGUCAGACAGUCACACAGUCAGACGUACAGUAAGACAGACAGACAGACAGACAGUCACACAGUCAGAUGUACAGACAGACAGUCACACAGUCAGACAGACAAACAGACAGACAGUCACACAGUCAGACAGACACACAGUCAGACAGACAGACAGUCAGACAGACAGUCAGACAGACAGACAGACAGACAGACAGGACUGUUCCUGUCUCUUUCUCCCUCUGAUGUAACGUAUCUGUGUAAAUACAAAGAAAGUACCAGACCGUCGUUGGAGCCAAACUGAAACGGGCUUUCUCUCUGUUGUUGCAGGGGUAGUACAGCUGUGACUGUGUGCUAUCUCUCUGUUGUUGCAGGGGUAGUGCAGCUGUGACUGUGUGCUAUCUCUCUGUGGUUGCAGGGGUAGUACAGCUGUGACUGUGUGCUAUCUCUCUGUUGUUGCAGGGGUAGUACAGCUGUGACUGUGUGCUAUCUCUCUGUUGUUGCAGGGGUAGUACAGCUGUGACUGUGUGCUUUCUCUCUGUGGUUGCAAGGGUAGUACAGCUGUGACUGUGUGCUAUCUCUCUGUUGUUGCAGGGGUAGUACAGCUGUGACUGUGUGCUUUCUCUCUGUGGUUGCAAGGGUAGUACAGCUGUGACUGUGUGCUAUCUCUCUGUUGUUGCAGGGGUAGUACAGCUGUGACUGUGUGCUAUCUCUCUGUGGUUGCAAGGGUAGUACAGCUGUGACUGUGUGCUAUCUCUCUGUUCUGUUCAAGUGCCAACUAGUUCUCAGUUACUGCAAAGUACUUUGCUAUCAGUACCCACGUAAUGACAUCAUCAUGCAGAACCUUGUUCUGACCGAAGCCUUGAAUGACCAGCGUUCACUGAACAUGCCGUACACACACACACACACACACACACACACACACACACACACUAUAAUUAUUACUAGCUGAAUAGACCAGCUGACUGUCCCAUCAAUGACCUGAGGCACCAAAUGGAACCCUAUUCCCUAUAUAGUGUACUACUUGCACCCUAUUCCCUAUAUAGUUAUAUAGUGUACUAUUUAGACCAGGGCCCAUUGGGCUCUACAUAGUGUAUUCCUUUAGACCAGGGCCCAUAAGGCUCUAUAUAGUGUACUCCUUUAGACCAGGGCCCAUUGGGCUCUAUAUAGUGUACUCCUUUAGACCCUAUAUAGUGUACUCCUUUAGACCAGGGCCCAUAAGGCUCUAUAUAGUGUACUCCUUUAGACCAGGGCCCAUAAGGCUCUAUAUAGUGUACUCCCGUAGACCAGGGCCCAUAAGGCUCUAUAUAGUGUACUCCUUUAGACCAGGGCCAUAAGGCUCUAUAUAGUGUACUCCUUUAGACCAGGGCCCAUUGGGCUCUAUAUAGUGUACUCCUUUAGACCCUAUAUAGUAUACUCCUUUAGACCAGGGCCCAUAAGGCUCUAUAUAGUGUACUCCUUUAGACCAGGGCCCAUAAGGCUCUAUAUAGUGUACUAUUUUAGACCAGGGCCCAUAAGGCUCUAUAUAGUGUACUCCUUUAGACCAGGACCCAUUGGGCUCUAUAUAGUGUACUCCUUUAGACCCUAUAUAGUGUACUCCUUUAGACCCUAUAUAGUGUACUCCUUUAGACCCUAUGUAGUGUACUCCUUUAGACCCUACAUAGUGUACUCCUUUAGACCAGGGCCCAUACGGCUCUAUAUAGUGUACUCCUUUAGACCAGGGCCCAUUGGGCUCUAUAUAGUGUACUCCUUUAGACCCUAUGUAGUGUACUCCUUUAGACCCUAUAUAGUGUACUCCUUUAGACCCUAUGUAGUGUACUCCUUUAGACCCUACAUAGUGUACUCCUUUAGACCAGGGCCCAUAAGGCUCUAUAUAAGGGAAUGGGGUUCCAUUUGGGACGCAACCUUAACCUGACAUCAGUGUGCCUUUGUGUCUAACAAUGUAGCGCUAAAUUAUUUGGACUGCAUGAGAGAGAAGGUAGAGGGAAGAUACAGAGAAGAUAGAGGGAAGAUAGAGGGAAGAUACAGAGAAGAUAGAGGGAAGAUAGAGAGAAGAUAUAGAUAGAGGGAAGAUAGAGGGAAGAUACAGAGAAGAUAGAGGGAAGAUAGAGAUAAGGUAGAGGGAAGAUAAAGGUAGAGGGAAGAUAGAGAGAAGAUAGAGGGAAGAUAGAGAGAAGAUACAGAGAAGAUAGAGGGAAGGUAGAAGAUACAGAUAAGAUAGAGGGAAGGUAGAGGGAAGAUAGAGAGAAGAUAGAAAAUAGUAGUAAUAGUAAUAAUAGUAAUAGAUAGAAGAUACAGAUAAGAUAGAGGGAAGAUAGAGGGAAGAUAGAAGAUACAGAUAAGAUAGAGGGAAGAUAGAAGAUACAGAUAAGAUAGAGGGAAGAUAGAAGAUACAGAUAAGAUAGAGGGAAGAUAGAAGAUACAGAUAAGAUAGAGGGAAGGUAGAAAAUACAGAUAAGAUAGAGGGAAGAUAGAGGGAAGGUAGAAGAUACAGAUAAGAUAGAGGGAAGAUAGUAGAUACAGAUAAGAUAGAGGGAAGAUAGAAGAUACAGAUAAGAUAGAGGGAAGGUAGAAGAUACAGAUAAGAUAGAGGGAAGGUAGAAGAUACAGAUAAGAUAGAGGGAAGAUAGAAGAUACAGAUAAGAUAGAGGGAAGGUAGAAGAUACAGAUAAGAUAGAGGGAAGGUAGAAGAUACAGAUAAGAUAGAGGGAAGAUAGAUGUAAUGUGAUAUUUGAUGGUGAGAGGAAGGGGGUUGGUUGAAAGUUAUGAACUGCACAUCCAGCUUGCACAAACCUGGUUAGAAUGACAAACCUGGUUGGAAUGACAAACCUGGUUGGAAUGACAAACCCGGUUGGAAUGACUAACCUGGUUGGAAUGACAAUCCUGGUUGGAAUGACAAUCCUGGUUGGAAUGACAAACCCGGUUGGAACGACAAACCUGGUUGGAAUGACAAUCCUGGUUGGAAUGACAAUCCUGGUUGGAAUGACAAACCCGGUUGGAACGACAAACCUGGUUGGAAUGACAAACCUGGUUGGAAUGACAAUCCUGUUUGGAAUGACAAUCCUGGUUGGAAUGACAAUCCUGGUUGGAAUGACAAUCCUGGUUGGAAUGACUAACCUGGUUGGAAUGACAAACCUGGUUGGAAUGACAAACCUGGUUGGAAUGACAAACCUGGUUGGAAUGACAAACCUGGUUGGAAUGACAAUCCUGGUUGGAAUGACAAACCUGGUUGGAAUGACAAUCCUGGUUGGAAUGACAAACCUGGUUGGAAUGACAAUCCUGGUUGGAAUGACAAACCUGGUUGGAAUACCAUAAUAAUACCAGAUUAGACCGGAGUUUAUACAGCCGUAUCAGGACUAGUGUUCUUGUUGCCUGGUUCAUUGCACAGUAUGUCCGGUCAUUAGAUGUGGACUAUGUCAUUGUGUAGUCGUGUGUCAUUAGAUGUGGACUAUGUCAUCGCGUAGUCGUGUAUCGUGUCAUUAGAUGUGGACUAUGUCAUCGCGUUGUCGUGUGUCAUUAGAUGUGGACUAUGUCAUUGUGUAGUCGUGUAUCAUGUCAUUAGAUGUGGACUAUGUCAUCGCGUAGUCGUGUGUCAUGUCAUUAGAUGUGGACUAUGUCAUCGCGUAGUCGUGUAUCAUGUCAUUAGAUGUGGACUAUGUCAUUGUGUAGUCGUGUAUCAUGUCAUUAGAUGUGGACUAUGUCAUUGUGUAGUCGUGUGUCAUUAGAUGUGGACUAUGUCAUUGUGUAGUCGUGUAUCAUGUCAUUAGAUGUGGACUAUGUCAUUGUGUAGUCGUGUGUCAUGUCAUUAGAUGUGGACUAUGUCAUCGCGUAGUCAAUACGGUAUCAUGUCAUUAGAUGUGGACUAUGUCAUUGUGUAGUCGUGUAUCAUGUCAUUAGAUGUGGACUAUGUCAUUGUGUAGUCGUGUAUCAUGUGACCUGUACAGUACCGAGUUGAAUUGUAAAUCAGGAGAAAUAACGUGUUGUGAAUCACAAAAAGAAAACUGGACGUGAUAUAGGUUUUGUCUGAAUUUUCACACUAUUACCUAUAUAGUGCACUACUUUUGACCCCUCCCCUCCCCCUGUAAACUAGUGCACUACUUUUGACGCCGCCCCUCCCCCUGUAAACUAGUGCACUACUUUUGACCCCUCCCCCUGUAAACUAGUGCACUACUUUUGACCCCUCCCCUCCCCCUGUAAACUAGUGCACUACUUUUGACCCCUCCCCUGUAAACUAGUGCACUACUUUUGACCCCUCCCCUGUAAACUAGUGCACUACUUUUGACCCCUCCCUGUAAACUAGUGCACUACUUUUGACCCCUCCCCUGUAAACUAGUGCACUACUUUUGACCCCGCCCCUCCCCUGUAAACUAGUGCACUACUUUUGACCCCUCCCCCUGUAAACUAGUGCACUACUUUUGACCCCUCCCCCUGUAAACUAGUGCACUAUAUAAGGAAAAGGGUUUUCAUUUAGGAUGCAGUUAUAGUUUCACUUUAAACACCAAGUGGGAUGGAAAUUGAUCGUCUCUUCUCUCUCAUGAGGGUGCUUCUCAUUCAAACUGUCCACAGACAAUGUUGUGUCGUUAGUUUUAAUUAUAUUUCUUAAUGUAAAUAAAUUAAAUAUAUAUAAAUACAGUAUAUAUACAGAACCAGUCAAAGGUUUGAACAUGCCUACUUUCUCUUUAUUUGUACUAUAUUCUACAUUGUAGAAUAAUAGUGAAGACAUCAACACUAUGAAAUAACACAUAUGGAAUCAUGUAGUAACCAAAAAAGUGUUAAACAAAUAAAAAAUAUAUUUUAUAUUUGAGAUUCUUCAAAAUAGCCACCCUUCGCCUUGAUCACAGCUUUGCACACUCUUGGCAUUCUCUCAACCAGACUUCAUGAGGUAGUCACCUGGAAUGCAUUUAAAUUAACAGGUGUGACACGUUAAAAGUUCAUUUGUGGAAUUUAUUUCCUUCUUAAUGCAUUUGAGCCAAUCAGUUGUGUUGUGACAAGGUAGGGGUGGUAUAAAGGAGAUAGCCCUAUUGGGUAAAAGACUAUGUCUAUAUUAUGGCAAGAACAGCUCAAAUAAGCAAAGAGAAAUCACAACCAUCAUUACUUUAAGACAUGAAGGUCAGUCAAUAUGAAACACUUCAUGAUCUUUGAAAGUUUCUUCAAGUGCAGUUGCAAAAACCAUCAAGCGCUAUGAUGAAACUGUCUCUCACGAGGACCGCCACAGGAAAGGAAGACCCAGAGUUACCUCUGCUGCAGAGGAUAAGUUCAUUAGAGUUAACUGUCUCUCAUGAGGACCGUCAUAGAAAAGGAAGACCCAGAGUUACCUCUGCUGCAGAGGAUAAGUUCACUAGAGUUUCCAGCCUCAGAAAUUGCAGCCCAAAUAAAUGCUUCACAGAGAUCAAGUAACAGACACAUCUCAACAUCAACUGUUCAGAGGAGACCGCGUGAAUCAGGCCUUCAUGGUCGAAUUGCUGCAAAGAAACCACUACUAAAGGACACCAAUAAGAAGAGACUUGCUUUGGCCAAGAAACACGAGCAAUGGACAUUAGACUGGUGGAAAUCUGUCCUUUGGUCUGAUGAGUCCAAAUUUUUGAUUUUUGGUUCCAAACCGCCGUGUCUUUGUGAGAGAAAGAGUAGGUGAACGGAUGAUCUCUGCAUGUGUGGUUCCCACUGUGAAGCAUGGAGGAGGAGGUGUGAUGGUGCUUUGCUGGUGACACUGUGAUUUAUUUAUAAUUCAAAGCACACUUAACCAGCAUGGCUACCAAAUCAAAUCAAAUGUUAUUGGUCACAUACACAUGGUUAGUAGAUGUUAAUGGGAGUGUAGCGAAAUACUUGUGCUUCUAGUUCCGACAGUGCAGUAAUAUCUAACAAGUAAUCUAACAAUACCACAACAACUACCUUUAUACACACAAAUCUAAAGGGAUGGAAUAAAAAUAUAUGGAUAAGCGCAUCCACCACAGCAUUCUGCAGCGAUACACCAUCCCAUCUGGUUUGGGCUUAGUGGGACUAUCAUUUGUUUUUUAACAGGACAAUGACCCAACACUCCAGGCUGUGUAAGGACUAUUUGACCAAGAAGGAGAGUGAUGGAGUGCUGCAUCAGAUGACUUGGCCUCCACAGUUACCCUACCUCAACCCAAUUGAGAUGGUUUGGGAUGAGUUGGACCGCAGAGUGAAGGAAAAGCAGCCAACAAGUGCUCAGCAUAUGUGGGAACUCCUUCAAGACUGUUGUAAAAGCAUUCCAGGUGAAGCUGGUUGAGAGAAUGCCAAGAGUGUGCAAAGCUGUCAUCAAGGCAAAGGGUGGCUACUUCGAAUAUAAAAUAUAUUUAGAUUAACACAAUAUAUUUGUUUAACACUUUUUUGGUUACUACAUGAUUCCAUAUGUGUUAUUUCAUAGAAAAUAGUAAAAAAUAAAGAAAAACCCUAGAAUGAGUAGGUGUGUCCAAACUUUUGACUGGUACUGUAUAUGCACACGCACACGCACUCGCACACGCACUCGCACACACACACACACACACACACACACACACACACACACACACACACACACACACAGUUUGUUGAGUUUGUUGUUUCUGUGUUCUUUGGUUUGUUCACUCAGACAGAAGCCUCAGUAACUACCAUAAGGCCUGGGCCUGGAGUAACUACCAUAAUGCCUGGGCCUGGAGUAACUACCAUAAUGCCUGGAGUAACUACCAUAAGGCCUGGAGUAACUACCAUAAUGCCUGGGCCUGGAGUAACUACCAUAAUGCCUGGGCCUGGAGUAACUACCAUAAUGCCUGGGCCUGGAGUAACUACCAUAAGGCCUGGGCCUGGAGUAACUACCAUAAGGCCUGGGCCUGGAGUAACUACCAUAAGGCCUGGAGUAACUACCAUAAGGCCUGGAGUAACUACCAUAAGGCCUGGGCCUUGAGUAACUACCAUAAGGCCUGGACUAACUACCAUAAGGCCUGGAGUAACUACCAUAAGGCCUGGACUAACUACCAUAAGGCCUGGAGUAACUACCAUAAGGCCUGGGCCUGGAGUAACCACCAUAAGGCCUGGAGUAACUACCAUAAGGCCUGGGCCUGGAGUAACCACCAUAAGGCCUGGGCCUGGAGUAACUACCAUAAGGCCUAGGCCUGGAGUAUCCACCAUAAGGCCUGGAGUAACCACCAUAAGGCCUGGAGUAACCACCAUAAGGCCUGGAGUAACUACCAUAAGGCCUGGAGUAACUACCAUAAGGCCUGGGCCUGGAGUAACCACCAUAAGGCCUGGGCCUGGAGUAACUACCAUAAGGCCUGGAGUAACCACCAUAAGGCCUGGAGUAACCACCAUAAGGCCUGGAGUAACUACCAUAAGGCCUGGGCCUGGAGUAACCACCAUAAGGCCUGGGCCUGGAGUAACUACCAUAAGGCCUAGGCCUGGAGUAACCACCAUAAGGCCUGGAGUAACCACCAUAAGGCCUGGAUUCAAUGUGAGCUGAUCAGUGUGCUCACCAUCUCAGUCCCUCGUCUUGCUCAAACAGACCUGGUCAAUAUCUGAGCUUUGUUACAAACGACAUCGCAGGUUAUGUCAUGUGUUGCUUUUUCAACGUGUCAAUACAAAACCGAGGAUUGUCUGUCAAAGCACAUCAGUGACUACAAUUGUGAUUUUUGUUUUGUUCUUCGUUGUAUCGGUUAAGGAUAUCUGCAACAUUUGCCUCUGUUUUAUUAGUUCAGUUAGAAGUUUGACACUUGAAGACAGCUGAUUGGUUAUCGGUUGAGAGUAAAGAGCGUUGGUCAUGUGGUAGUGGAGUCGAGUGGGUAUUUGUUGGUUCGAAACGGAAACUGAUAUUCAAGCUAUUAAAUAUUCAUGUUUAUUGUCAUGAUAUACCAUAGAACCACACAGAGAGUUAGAGUUAGAGAUGCCAGAGAGAUGCCAGAAAGAAGUUGAGAAUUGGGACUGACAUUUGCGUUUCCCAAACGGCAGCCUAUUCCCUAUGUAAUGCACUACGUUUGACCAGAGCCCUAGAGGUAGUGAACUAUAUAGGGAAUAGAGUGCCAUUUGAGAAGUAAACAUACCGAGGGUGCGUCACAGAAGCUGCUGGAAGGCGUUAGUGCAAGACGUUGUUGCCUUUACGUUGCCAAUACGGUGCCUAUAGAUUGCAAAAAGUUGCCUAGAAGCUGCCUAUAAGUUGACUAUACAUUGAAUAUAAGCUGCCUAUACGUUUCCUAUGCGCUAACUCUACGUUGCCUAUACGUUAACUAUACGUUGCCUAUACGUUGACUAUACGUUAACUAUAUGUUGCCUAUACGUUAACUAUACGUUGCCUAUACGUUGACUAUACGUUAACUAUAUGUUGCCUAUACGUUAACUAUAAGCUGCCUAAACGUUUCCUAUGCGCUAACUCUACGUUGCCUAUACGUUAACUAUGAGCUGCCUAUACGUUGACUAUACGUUGCCUAUACAUUGACUAUACGUUAACUAUAUGUUGCCUAUACGUUAACUAUGAGCUGCCUAUACGUUGACUAUACGUUGCUUAUGCGUUGCCUAUACGUUGACUAUACGUUGCCUAUACGUUGACUAUACGUUAACUAUAUGUUGCCUAUACGUUGACUAUAUGUUGCCUAUACGUUAACUAUGAGCUGCCUAUACGUUGACUAUACGUUGACUAUACGUUAACUAUACGUUGCCUAUACGUUAACUAUAUGUUGCCUAUACGUUGACUAUACGUUGCUUAUACGUUGCCUAUACGUUGACUAUACGUUGCCUAUACGUUGACUAUAUGUUGCCUAUACGUUGACUAUACGUUGACUAUACGUUAACUAUAUGUUAACUAUACGUUAACUACACGUUGACUAUACGUUAACUAUACGUUGCCUAUACGUUAACUAUAUGUUGACUAUACGUUAACUAUACGUUGCUUAUACGUUGCCUAUACAUUGCCUAUACUUUAACUAUACGUUGACUAUACGUUGCCUAUACGUUAACUAUACGUUAUCUAUAUGUUGCCUAUACGCUAACUAUACGUUACCUAUACGUUGCCUAUACGUUAACUAUACGUUGCCUAUACGUUAACUAUACGUUGCUUAUGCAUUGCCUAUACGUUGCCUAUACGUUAACUAUACGUUGACUAUACGUUGCCUAUACGUUAACUAUACGUUGCCUAUACGUUAACUAUACGUUGCCUAUACAUUGACUAUGAGCUGCCUAUACGUUAACUAUACGUUGCCCACCCAAACAUGCCAUAUACUACAGCCAAGUUCUGCCUUUUGAAGUUGAGAUAAUGUAUUUAUCAGUUAUUUCAAGUGAUGUGUACAUAGUUAUAUUGAUAUAUAGUUAUAUUGAUAUGUUGUGUUAUGUCUGUGUCGGUCAAUCAUUUCAGGAUUUGAGAAAGAUAGAGAUUAUAGAUGUCAAAGAAUUCGAUCGAAAACAUAUCACAAUUGUGAUCUUUACUUGACUAAGAACUGUAAAUAAUUUAUUUCAAUGAAAAUAUUUCUGAUGAUCCAACACAAUAAUUCAACCUCAAUGAUCCCAACCUAAUGAUUGAACCCAAUGAUCCCAACCCAAUGAUCCCAACCCAAUGAUCCCAACCCAAUGAUCCCAACCCAAUGAUCCCAACCCAAUGAUCCCAACCUAAUGAUUCAACCUAAUGAUUCAACCCAAUGAUCCCAACCCAAUGAUCCCAACCCAAUGAUCCCAACCCAAUGAUCCCAACCCAAUGAUUCAACCUAAUGAUUCAACUUAAUGAUUCAACUUAAUGAUUCAACCUAAUGAUUCAACCCAAUGAUUCAACCUAAUGAUUCAACCUAAUGAUCCCAACCCAAUGAUCCCAACCCAAUGAUCCCAACCCAAUGAUUCAACCUAAUGAUUCAACUUAAUGAUUCAACCCAAUGAUUCAACCUAAUGAUCCCAACCUAAUGAUCCAAUCUAUGCAUUUUGUCCCUUGAUUUUGAUUUGUGUUGCUAUUCUAUAAUUUUUAUUGUCACUUUAUUUGGCCCGAAGACUAACGUGUUUUAUUGAGCUGUGAAACAUUACGGUGUAUUAUUAUGUUGUUGUCAGAAUGGUUGUAUGUUUUAAUCAGUUAUAUGAGAAAAAAAUGAAGUAUAUUUAGAAAAUAGAUGAUAUUGCCAAGCUUUUUGUAAACUGACACUGUUAUUCUUGUAUUUAGCUGCGGUUUGUAGGAAAGCUUAAAAUAUUAAGUGGAAAUAUAUGAUAUAUCUAUAAACCUCUUGUGAGAAGGUAAGAAAGCUAAAAAAUAAUACACUUUCUGGGACAAUCCCUACUUAGAUGGUGGAUUUUGGACCAAUUUAUAUAAUUUAAAGAAUAGAAAGAUAUUUACUUUUACAUUUUAUAAUUAACAAGUGAACAGAGGAAGAAAGAAAAAAUAUCACAUAUUUUAAAAAAAAUGAACUGUUACAUUUCUUUACUUAUGUACAGGAAUAAAUUGGAUGUGUGCUGUGUAAUUUGCAAUCAAAAAGAAUAUAUAACUUGUGCAACUUUAAUGUAUUAAAACAUAAAUAAAUGUA